UUCAGAGUUAUCCAUUCCCAUUUAGAUGAUGGAGUAUUUGACUCUCAAUGUCAAUGCAAUCUGAGAUAAACCUGAGUGGAGGUUGAGAAGUGAGGUGAUGGAUGAGCUGAAUGUGGCAGUAAGAGUGGAGAGCUGGUCAUUAAUGUUAGAUGAAAGUGAGCGAGGGGCACUAUGGCUGUGGGAGAAAGCAUUAUUUGCACAACAAGGCAAACACAAGUCAAAUCUGUGCUGAAUUUACAAACAACACAAAGUGUGAGUGGUACACACAGACUGCAUCAGCAGAGAGCCAGAUUAAACAUCGUAAUUUCAUGUGGUGUGAGAUCACCGUGUUCACAAAGAAAGAAGAGCCACAAGCUAAUAAACUCUUACUUUUAAGGUGAUUAUUUCAAAUUGCCUGCACUUUGUCUCCCACUGUACCCAGUUAUUGUGAUCGCCCUCUUAUAACACACCCCACCUCCCCACCAACUGAGACUAGACUCGACCAUACCAACUCUGACAGCAUGGGAGGGGGCUUGGCUGCAGCAUCGUGACAACUGCAUCAUUUUAGUGACAUAAAAACAGAUGAAUGAAUGUCGAAUCAGCCCAAUGCAUGUUUUGAUUCACUUAUAAAACCCCUCCCUCCAGGCUCUCUCUAUUGUUCUCCAGUGAUUUAAAGAAGGUUUUCCGGCUGCGUUCCCCUCCUCGCCUCUCUUUCACCAGUGAGCCAGCCAGCAGAGCAAGCUGAACAAAGCCAUGGGAGAGAGAGAGAGGAGCUUCUGGGAAGAAAUGUCUCUCACUGACUCUGUCGCCUGGACAACCGGGUAAGAGAGGAAGGGAGGGUGCACGAGAGAGAGAGAGAAAGGACCGAGGAGCAUAAAAGCGGAGGAAAACAUCACAUUAUUAACUGCUGAGAUUAGAGGAUUCCUGUAGAGUGUGUGUGUUUAUGUGUGUGGAGGGGGGGAGUAUAUUUGUGUGUGUCAUUCUCGUGUGGGGGUUCCCUUGGUGUCUCUCUUGAUGAGUUAUUAACUAUGACAAUAAAGCAGUGAAUGAUUUUUUUUUCCUCUUCUACACCAGAGCAUGGAGGAGAUGAAACUGCAGAGAACAAGUUAAGCACAUUCCAAGUGGACCCAGUAGGCCUGAACGCUUCACCUGUGAUUCUCGUCUCAGCAGCCUCAGGUGCCAGCAUGGAUGUGGAGGAUGAGCCGCUGCUGUUUCAGACCAGCUGGGGAGGGGAGGAAGAUGAAGAUGAGGAGGAGCAGGAGGAAGAGAAUGGAGUUUCACAUGCAGGGGGACAGAGGUGUUUCUCUAGGGAGGCUGGUGUGUGUGGACUGUGGAGGGCAGUGGGGUGGGUGUACACACGACCCUGGGUCAGUGGGGUGGUUUUAGGGGUAGUUGUCACGCUUCCAUGCACCCUGUUUGCCUACAUGCUCCUCUACUGCCCUCCUCUGGACAUAGACCUCUCCUACAGUGCCUUUGAGGUUCACAGUCACUUCUCCGCCGAGCGCUUCGACGCCCUCACCAUCGCUGUAAAGACUCAGCUGGGGUCCUGGGACAGACGUAGGCGAGACUUAGAUAACAGUGCGUCUGAGGCCCUGAGGGAACUUCUGCUGGAGAGGCUGAGUAGACAGGGAGCGUUCAACAGGACAGAUAAUGAGGGCGUGAGGUCCUCUACUCCACAAAACGAGCCUUUACAUGCAGGAAAUGAUCAGAAGAGAGGAGCUGCAGUGAGCAGAGAUAAAAGGACAGCGUUUGAUUUGGGUCAGGAGAAAAUGGGGAAGCAUAAGAACUCAAAUCACAGAGCAGAAGAGGAAGCGAAGAGAUCAUUGGAUGGAAACGCCACUCUGCCGCUCAUUAGGAGGCGCAGGUUUGCUCCCAAUUACUACCUGCAGAGUCAGGCUCUGUGGAAGAUUGAGCUGGUGUUUGUGGCUCAAGGGGAGGGCGAUUGCAACAUCUUCACCCCUGAACGUCUGCAGACGAUUCACCAUGUGGAGCGUCUGCUCAUGCAGCAUCCGCAGUUCCAUCAGUUCUGCUGGAAGCCUCUGGAGAUGCUGCGGGAUCUGCCACUGGGGCCGUCCUACUGCUCCCCACCCAGCUCCCUCCUCUCUUACCUCUACCCCAGUGAGAGAGGAGGGAAGAUAUACUAUGAUGGCAUGGGCCCAGAUCUAGCCGAUAUUCAAGGUUCUCUGAGUCUGGCCAUCACUCACCCACAGUUCUACUGGUACGUGGAUGAGAGUCUGUCCCCUGAGCAUCUCUCCUCCUCUCUCUUACGCAGUGAGAUCCACUUCGGUGCUCCUCUUCCUUCCUAUUAUUCCCUGCAGGACCGAGCUCACGAGCAACGAUCACGCUUCAAAAACUUUGUGGUUCAGUACGCAGACAUCCUGGCCAAGCAAUCUACCAGCCAGGUGAAGGUGCUGUAUGGGGGAACAGAGCUGUUUGAUGAUGAGGUGAGACACACCUUCCACAAUGACAUGAUGCUGGCUGUCAUCAGCGGAGCCUGCAUCACUGUCCUCGUCUAUGUCCUGACCUCCUUUUCUGUGUUUCUGACUUUCUUUGGACUCGCUAGCAUUGGACUGAGCUGCCUGAUGGCUCUUUUCUUGUAUCAUGUUGUCUUUGGCGUGAGGUACCUGGGUAUUCUCAAUGGAGUUGCAGCCUUUGUUAUUAUUGGUAUUGGGGUGGAUGAUGUAUUUGUGUUCAUCAGCACCUUCAGACAGGCCUCCCAUCUGCGUCAGCCGCAGCAGCGAAUGAUCUACACAAUCAAAACAGCUGGCCGGGCUACUUUCCUCACCUCCUUCACCACUGCGGCUGCCUAUGCUGCUAACACCUUCUCUCAGAUCCCAGCCGUGCAUGACUUCGGCCUAUUCAUGGCCCUUAUUGUCAGCUGCUGCUGGCUUUGGGUAUCCGCCCUGAUGCCCGCCGCCCUGUGUAUCUGGACUGAAUGUGUGGAGCAUCAGGAACACGCCUGGUUGAAUUGCUGGAAGCUGUUUUCGGGACUGUCAGCGAGCCACAGCCCUUUGUCAGAUGAGGAUGAUGAUGUGGCACUUCUGUCUGUUGAGAUGGAGCCAGGCUCCUGUGACACAGACGGCGAUGCGGCCAUUCUUUCCCUGUCAGUGGAGACACCUCUGUCCCCUCCAGGGCAGCAGCAUGUGGGCGUGGUGAGCACAAAUCUGCGGUGGGCCCUGAAGCACUUAGUGGCAGAGCCAGCUGUGGAGCGUCGGAAAGCCGUUCUAGGUAUCUUCCUCCUGGUUCUGCUUUUAUCUGCUGGCUGCUGCUGUCUCCUGAGGCCGGCCACUCACGCCCCUCUGCUUUUCCGCCGGGACACAAACCUCCAGACUCUGCUGGCUCUGAGGAGCAACCUCAGCGGUCAAGGCAUCUCCUGCCCCAUGUGCUCAGGUGUGUUCAUGGAAAAACCCCAUCCUUUGUACGUGCACAAUUCCUCACCAGCAUUUAAGUUUUCUACGCAUCAGCAGACAGCAAGCGCAACAACCUCCACUGCUCCUCGGAGCUCAGUUAAACCAAAUUCAAGCACUAACCGAACAGGCACUUUACUCACAGUGUACAUAUCAAAGUUGGACCUCGGAGCCUCUACAACUCUUUACCGCUUCUCUCUCAACACCAGCACUCCCUCCCCGUGGAAACAGUGCAGCACAGAGCACGAAGAGGUGUCAUCAUUUCAGGCUUAUAAUCAGCCCUGCGCCAAUUACACCAGCAGAAUGACAGUGUGUGUUUCCAAUGUGUACCACCCGUACCCCAGCUGGAUGAUCACAUCCACCUCAUGUGAACCCCGUCAUGGCUGGACGCCAGAGUUUUCCUUUUAUGUGGCGUCGUCCCCGCAGCAGCACAGCAGGAGACUCUGUUUUGCCCAGCGCCGCCUUAGACCUCAUCCCAGCCGUGUGUGUGUCAACCCACCUGGCUGCGGCAUCAGCUCUGGGCCUGAUGGACCCACACAGGGAGCUUUUUAUAUUCCUCUUCCUGGCGAUCCCUCGUCUGCUGCCAAAACGAAACCAUCCAAAACGUUUGGCUUUAACCCGUGCAGUGGCGGUGUAUGUGGCCAUCCAGCUGUGCGUCCUCUGGUCGACACUGGGGCGAUGGUUUUUGUCGUGUUUGGCAUCUUGGGAGUCAACCGAACAGAACACAGGGACAACCACGUUAUCGGAGAUAUGGGCAGCAUUAUAUUGGACCCAGACUUUGAUAUUUUCCAGGAAAUGGGGCAUCUUUGCAAAAUCUGUAAAGCUAUUAGUGCAAACACACAACUUGUAAAGCCGGGAGGAGCACAGUGUUUGCCUUCAGGUAAUAAACUGUCCUCUAUUCUGCCUCUGCUCCAUCCUGAGUGCCACUCGCUCCCUGAGCCCAAUCUGCUCCCUGGGCAGCUCUCCCACGGAGCGGUGGGAAUGCAUGGAGGCAAGGUCCGCUGGUUGUCCAUGGCCUUUGAGUCUACCACAUACAAGGGCAAAUCCUCCUUUCAGACCUACUCCGACUUCCUUCAGUGGGAGAACUUCAUCCAAGAGCAGCUCGCCGCCCUCCCGCAGUCCUCCGCUCUGCAACGGGGUUUCCAGACCUGCGAGCACUGGAAGCAGAUCUUCAUGGAAAUCAUAGGUGUGGAGAGUGCCCUCUGGAGCCUACUGCUGUCUCUGGCCAUCUGUGUGGCAGCUGUGUCCGUGUUUACUGCACAUCCUCUGCUGCUGCUCCCAGUACUCAUAACCAUUUUAGGAGUGAUCUGUCUGGUGGUGGCCGUCAUGUAUUGGCUGGGCUGGGAGAUGGGAGCAGUGGAGGCCAUUUCUCUGUCUAUACUGGUGGGAUCUUCAGUGGAUUACUGUCUGCACCUGGUGGAAGGAUACCUGCUGGCGGGGGAGAGGAUGCCCUCUACGCCUGCGCAUAACUCGGAGCCUGGGGCUGAGAGACAGAGGCGGACCCUGGAGGCAGUGAACCAUGUGGGCGUUGCCAUAGUGUCCAGCGCCGUCACCACAGUGAUCUCCACAGUCCCUCUCUUCUUCUGUGUGAUUGUGCCUUUCGCCAAAUUCGGCCAGAUAGUGGCCAUCAACACAGCCGUCUCCAUUCUGUUCACCCUGACUGUGACUGUGGCCAUGUUGGCGUGCAUGGCCCCCGCCCGCUUCAGCAGACCCCCCGGCGCAGUGCUGAAGGCCAGCCUGGCAGUGAUGGCGGCUGCAGUCUUGGGAGCGGCGCUGUGCUGGGUGGGAGGACAGCUGGGAGCGUUGGCCUGGCAAUCAAUCAAUGCAUAAACGCAAGUGAACGCCAGCUCACACUGAUGUCAGGCAGGGGUAGUUCCUCUGUGUGCCAAACUAUGUAAGCACUCUUUUUUCCUCCGUGGUCAGGAGGAACAUCAGAUCAGUAAAUGAUCUUAUUUACAGCACAAAGAUGUCAGAUUCCAUAAUUAUAUGUUUUUUUCAUCACAAAAAACAUGUUUUUCACUUGUAUUGAUCAGUGGAUUGUGGUUACUAUAGUGUUAAUGACCAUGUGACUCACAGUAGAGGAUUGACCUUUUUUGGGCUGAUGAUUCAGCUGAGGUAUUUCUUUGAUCCUAAAUCGCCUUCAGCCAAGAGGUGGAGAUGUUUGAGUAAUUGUUGGGAAACACUAACUGAGUCACAGUUUUCAUCAGUGUAACUCAUUGAGUUGUGAAGAGCCUCUGACUGUUCAGUGACCUCCCGUUGUGAACACCGACAGGGCGCCGCGCUCUGACGUUCAUGAAGAUACUGGUCCACAUGACUCAUGACCAUCUUGUGAAAUAUUUAUUUGAUUAUUCUUGUUUUCAGCCACAUUUGUAACAGCAGUUAUGAUGUCCCAGUGUGGCUGGAUUUAAAGUUGUACUAGUUUAUAUUGUGCACAGUUUUGUUAAAUGUAAUGUGUGACGUAAGUGUUUGUGCUCUCACACAUUCUGAACUCUCGAUGCUGCCAGCACACACUUGUUUUGAAGAGUUGUGCGUACAAAGACUUACCGCAGGAUAUCCUCUUUUCUGACCCCUUUCACAUGUUUAUAUCUUGGAACUCUAACUGCUUCAAUGUCUAUUUUUGUCAUCAGCGCCAACUGAAAGAGACCUCUUGUCAGCUCCUCAGGUGUACCCUCUACAUGUCCUCCACCGCACUUGUAGGCAUUCACUGUAACCAACUCUGAUCCCUCCUCUGCUCUCACACAAUUUAGAGCGCCACUCAAACACCUAUCGACGCCGGCUCUGGUCUGCCCCGCAGUGAAGGUGAGGGCCAUUUGUCAAACCACAUAACACGAUAAUGGUUAGGGAGAGGGACUCACUCAAUUGCGGCAAGAGCAGUAAAUUUCUGUUUUGUGUGUGUGUGUUACUCGUGAAUGUCAAAUAAUACAGGUGCCGAAAGCCUCGGGUCUUGUCUUUUUGGUAAAUGCUCAGCAAGGUUUUCUUCUGCAUUGUUAUGUAACGGAGCAGUGGAGCAGGAUGAAGACCUGUCACUGUUUGCCUUCAGUCACAUUGUUACUGGGAAAGCCACAGAAGGCAGCCUCACAUCUCCAGUUGGCUGUCGUUAAUAAUUCAUGUGGAAACGGCUCCGAUUUUACAUUGAAUUGCAGCGCAUCAAUGUUUCAUGUCAGACAUUAAAUGAGAGGAAGUCGCUCUACAUACAGCAGCGUUCCAGCUCAACAUGAUGAAAAGAGAACAGAGCAAAUAUUUUGAGUAAAAGCAGAAAAACACUGGUGGACUUUUGUUGCGUAGGGUCCUCUGUAUUAUUUUACAGAAGCAGCCGCAUUGCAUUUACUAUGUUCCUGUGGAAAGUACACAGUCUGAAUGUUGGUGGUCCAUUUACAUUUGUCUUAAUGUGAAUGUGAUUUUUCACAGCAGCACUUCUUGUACAAAAAUCAUAUUUACUUGCAAAUAACCAUUAAAGGUUUUUUUUCGACAUGCAA